GGACGUCUCCCGGGCUGCGGGAGCGCCGCCGAGCUUCUUAUCCCCACCCACCUCGCGAGCUCCGGCAGGCAGUGGUGCAUAUAGACAUAUUUCUGGGAGCUGUCCAUGAGCUCAUCGCUCUCCUGGCGCGCAGCGAGAGAAGGAGCCCUCCUCUUUCACCCGGCGCCUCCAGCAGCAGCCGCUUAGCGCGUGUCACCCGCCCAGCCAGCAGCCCACCCGGCGCGCCAUGGCCCCGCCGCUCCCCGAGCGGAGGUAGGUGGGCGCGAUCCUCUGUCCCCCACGGACCAUCGCGGUCACAGGCGGCCUUCCGCCGCGGCCGCCCAGGACCACGCGGGUCCCCGGGUGAGCCCGAACGCACCAGGCCCGGAGCCGAGGAGCCGAAGACACGAGGGACGUCCGGGCUUGACCGAGGAAGAGUCCCGGGAGCGUGGACAUGGCUUCUCCCACCUCCCCCGGCCCGGAGGGCGGGGCCUGCACCCCGCCGAACCCACCGCGGAUCCGUCAGUCUGACAGCAAUGCCAGUUUCCUACGUGCUGCCCGAGCAGGCAAUCUGGACAAAGUUGUGGAGUACCUGAAGGGGGGCAUUGACAUCAACACCUGCAAUCAGAAUGGACUCAAUGCUCUCCAUCUGGCAGCCAAGGAAGGCCACGUGGGCCUGGUGCAGGAACUGCUGGGAAGAGGGUCCUCCGUGGAUUCUGCCACUAAGAAAGGAAAUACUGCUCUUCACAUUGCAUCACUGGCUGGACAAGCAGAAGUUGUCAAAGUUCUAGUUAAAGAAGGAGCCAAUAUCAACGCACAGUCACAGAAUGGCUUCACUCCUUUGUAUAUGGCUGCCCAGGAGAAUCACAUUGAUGUUGUAAAAUAUUUGCUAGAAAAUGGAGCUAAUCAGAGCACUGCUACAGAGGAUGGCUUCACUCCUCUAGCUGUGGCACUCCAGCAGGGACACAACCAGGCAGUGGCCAUCCUCUUGGAGAAUGACACUAAAGGGAAGGUGAGGCUGCCAGCUCUGCACAUUGCGGCCCGGAAAGAUGACACUAAGUCUGCCGCCCUCCUGCUUCAAAAUGACCAUAACGCUGAUGUGCAAUCCAAGAUGAUGGUGAAUAGGACAACAGAGAGCGGCUUCACCCCUUUGCACAUAGCUGCGCAUUAUGGAAACGUCAACGUGGCGACUCUUCUUCUAAACCGGGGAGCUGCGGUGGACUUCACAGCCAGGAAUGGAAUUACUCCCCUGCAUGUGGCUUCUAAAAGGGGAAACACCAACAUGGUGAAGCUCCUACUGGAUCGAGGUGGUCAGAUUGAUGCCAAAACUAGAGAUGGGUUGACUCCACUCCACUGUGCUGCGCGAAGUGGCCAUGACCACGUAGUGGAGCUGCUGCUGGAACGGGGUGCUCCCUUGCUGGCAAGGACCAAGAAUGGGCUGUCUCCACUUCACAUGGCUGCACAGGGGGACCACGUGGAAUGUGUGAAGCACCUGCUACAGCACAAGGCACCUGUAGAUGAUGUCACCCUGGAUUACCUGACUGCCCUUCAUGUUGCUGCACAUUGUGGUCACUACCGUGUCACCAAACUCCUUCUGGACAAGAGAGCCAACCCGAAUGCGAGAGCCUUGAAUGGUUUUACUCCACUGCACAUUGCCUGCAAGAAAAACCGCAUCAAAGUCAUGGAACUGCUGGUGAAAUAUGGGGCAUCAAUCCAAGCUAUAACAGAGUCUGGCCUCACACCAAUACAUGUGGCUGCCUUCAUGGGCCACUUGAACAUUGUCCUCCUUCUGCUGCAGAACGGAGCCUCUCCAGAUGUCACUAACAUUCGUGGUGAAACAGCACUUCACAUGGCAGCGCGGGCUGGGCAGGUGGAAGUGGUCCGAUGUCUCUUGAGGAAUGGUGCUCUUGUGGAUGCCAGAGCCAGGGAGGAACAGACACCUUUACAUAUUGCCUCCCGACUGGGUAAAACAGAAAUUGUCCAGCUGCUUCUACAACAUAUGGCUCACCCGGAUGCAGCCACUACAAAUGGGUACACACCACUGCACAUCUCUGCUCGGGAAGGACAGGUAGAUGUGGCCUCUGUCCUCCUGGAAGCAGGAGCUGCACACUCCUUAGCUACCAAGAAGGGUUUCACUCCCCUGCAUGUGGCAGCCAAGUACGGAAGCUUGGAUGUGGCAAAGCUUCUCUUGCAGCGCCGCGCAGCCGCAGACUCGGCAGGGAAGAAUGGCCUUACCCCGCUCCAUGUUGCUGCUCAUUAUGACAACCAGAAGGUGGCGCUGCUGCUGCUGGAGAAGGGUGCUUCCCCUCACGCCACUGCCAAGAAUGGUUAUACUCCUCUACACAUUGCUGCCAAGAAGAAUCAGAUGCAAAUAGCUUCCACACUACUGAACUAUGGAGCUGAGACUAACACUGUGACAAAGCAAGGGGUCACUCCACUGCAUCUGGCCUCACAAGAGGGGCACACAGAUAUGGUCACCUUGCUUUUGGAAAAAGGAGCCAAUAUCCACAUGUCAACCAAGAGUGGGCUCACAUCCUUACACCUUGCAGCCCAAGAAGAUAAAGUGAACGUUGCUGACAUUCUCACCAAACACGGGGCUGACCAGGAUGCCUCCACAAAGCUUGGUUACACUCCUUUAAUCGUGGCCUGUCACUAUGGAAAUGUGAAAAUGGUCAACUUUCUUCUGAAACAGGGAGCAAAUGUCAAUGCAAAAACCAAGAAUGGCUACACACCUCUGCACCAAGCUGCCCAACAGGGCCACACACACAUCAUUAAUGUCCUGCUCCAGCACGGGGCCAAGCCAAAUGCCACCACUGCGAAUGGUAACACAGCCCUGGCGAUUGCUAAGCGGCUGGGCUACAUCUCUGUGGUUGACACCCUGAAGGUUGUGACUGAGGAGGUCACCACCACCACCACGACUAUCACGGAAAAACACAAGUUAAAUGUUCCUGAAACUAUGACAGAGGUGCUUGAUGUUUCUGAUGAAGAGGGUGAUGACACAAUGACAGGCGAUGGGGGAGAAUACCUUAGGCCUGAAGAUCUCAAAGAACUUGGUGAUGACUCGUUACCCAGCAGCCAGUUCCUGGAUGGCAUGAACUACCUUCGGUACAGCCUGGAGGGAGGGAGAUCCGACAGCCUCCGAUCCUUCAGUUCCGACAGGUCUCACACUCUGAGCCAUGCUUCGUACCUGAGGGACAGUGCCAUGAUUGACGACACGGUUGUGAUUCCCGGCCACCAGGUGUCAGCUCUAGCCAAGGAGGCAGAAAGGAAUUGUUAUCGUCUGAGCUGGGGCACUGAGAACUUAGACAACGUGGCUCUUUCUUCCAGUCCUAUUCAUUCAGGCCGCACCUCUCCAUGUCUUGAUCGUGACAACAGCAGUUUCCUGGUCAGUUUCAUGGUGGAUGCCCGUGGUGGUGCCAUGCGGGGAUGCAGACACAAUGGACUCAGGAUCAUUAUCCCACCUCGGAAAUGCACAGCACCAACCCGAGUCACCUGCCGCCUGGUGAAACGCCACAGACUAGCUACAAUGCCGCCAAUGGUGGAAGGAGAAGGCCUGGCCAGCCGCUUGGUUGAAGUGGGACCUUCUGGAGCUCAGUUCCUUGGUAAACUUCACCUGCCAACGGCUCCUCCCCCACUUAAUGAGGGAGAAAGUUUGGUCAGCCGCAUCCUUCAGCUGGGGCCUCCUGGAACCAAAUUCCUUGGGCCCGUGAUCGUGGAGAUUCCUCACUUUGCUGCCCUUCGAGGAAAGGAGAGGGAGCUGGUGGUUCUGCGAAGUGAAAAUGGGGACAGCUGGAAAGAGCAUUUCUGUGACUACACUGAAGACGAACUGAAUGAGAUCCUUAAUGGCAUGGAUGAAGUGCUGGACAGUCCCGAGGACCUGGAAAAGAAACGAAUCUGCCGUAUCAUCACUCGUGACUUCCCACAGUACUUUGCGGUGGUGUCUCGGAUCAAACAGGACAGCAACCUGAUUGGCCCAGAGGGAGGAGUGCUGAGCAGCACCGUGGUGUCUCAGGUGCAGGCUGUCUUUCCAGAGGGUGCACUCACAAAGCGCAUCCGUGUAGGCCUGCAGGCUCAACCUAUGCACAGUGAGUUGGUGAAGAAGAUCCUAGGUAACAAAGCAACCUUCAGCCCUAUAGUCACUUUGGAACCCAGGAGAAGAAAAUUUCACAAGCCUAUUACCAUGACAAUUCCUGUCCCCAAAGCUUCAAGUGAUGUCAUGUUGAAUGGUUUUGGGGGAGAUGCACCAACCUUAAGAUUACUAUGCAGCAUAACAGGUGGAACCACGCCUGCACAGUGGGAAGACAUCACAGGAACUACACCACUAACAUUCGUCAAUGAAUGUGUUUCCUUUACAACCAACGUGUCUGCCAGGUUCUGGCUGAUAGAUUGUCGGCAGAUUCAGGAAUCUGUUUCCUUUGCAUCGCAAGUAUAUAGAGAAAUUAUUUGUGUACCAUAUAUGGCCAAAUUUGUAGUCUUUGCCAAAUCACAUGACCCCAUUGAAGCCAGGUUGCGGUGUUUCUGUAUGACAGAUGAUAAAGUAGAUAAGACCCUUGAACAACAAGAAAACUUCUCUGAGGUGGCCCGGAGCAGGGAUGUGGAGGUAUUAGAAGGAAAACCUAUUUAUGUGGAUUGUUUUGGCAACCUGGUACCACUAACCAAGAGUGGCCAACAUCAUAUAUUCAGUUUUUUUGCCUUCAAAGAAAACAGACUUCCUCUCUUUGUGAAGGUACGUGAUACAACUCAGGAACCUUGCGGGCGACUAUCAUUUAUGAAGGAACCAAAAUCCACAAGAGGAUUGGUGCAUCAAGCCAUUUGCAACUUAAACAUCACCCUGCCAAUUUAUGCAAAGGAAUCAGAGUCAGAUCAAGAGCAGGAGGAAGAGAUCGGUAUGACAUCAGAAAAAAAUGAUGAGACAGAGUCAACAGAAACAUCUGUUCUGAAAAGCCACCUGGUUAAUGAAGUUCCUGUCUUAGCAAGCCCGGACUUGCUCUCUGAAGUUUCUGAGAUGAAACAAGAUUUGAUCAAAAUGACGGCCAUCUUGACCACAGAUGUGUCUGAUAAGGCAGGUUCUAUCAAAGUGAAGGAGCUGACAAGGGCUGCCGACGAAGAGCCAGGCGAACCGUUCGAAAUUGUGGAGAGGGUUAAGGAGGACUUAGAGAAAGUGGACGCCAUCCUGAGAAGUGGGGCCUGUGUUAGAGACGAAGGCAGAGUACAGACUUCUCAGUCUGAGCGGGAGCUAGAAGAGGAAUGGGUCAUUGUCAGUGAUGAGGAAAUCCAAGAGGCCAAGCGACAUGCACCUGGAGAAAUCACUGAACUGCCAUGCAUAGAAGUCAGAGUAGACAGAGGGUCCAAGGUCAAAUCGGAGAAGGACUCCACUGGGUUAGUGACCUACCUUACAGAAGACCUAAAUUCAUACACUUCUCCUCAGGAAAAGAGGCCACAAACAGCUCAGGAAAAGUCAGGGGAGACAAGUCAGGCUUCAGCUGUCGGAAAGACCUCUGAGAAUAAUAAAGGGAAGGCUGGGCCAGCAGAGGAGAAGCAGAGUGCCCUGAAGCAGCCAAAUCCAAGCCUGGUGAUAAAGAAGCCAGUACGCAGGAAACUAAAAGAAAAGCAGAAACAAAAAGAGGAAAGUUCCCAAGGCAGUGAAGAAACAUCCGAACUGAAGAAAGGUAGUUCAGAGGAGUCGGUAGAGGAGGAUCGAGGCCUGGCUCCCGAGCCCCUUCCCACGGCCAAGGCCACCUCACCUCUGAUAGAAGAAACUCCUAUUGGUUCCAUAAAGGACAAAGUAAAGGCCCUUCAGAAGAAGGUAGAAGAUGAGCAGAAAGGUCGAAGCAAGCUGCCUGUCAGAGUCAAAGGCAAAGAGGAUGUGUCUAAAAAGACCACGCCUAGGACACACCCAGCUGUGUCACCCUCUUCAAAAUCAUCUCCUUCCUCUAAAACAGAAAAGCACUGUUCCUCCACAAAAACUGAAAGACACACGCCAGUGUCACCAUCAAGCAAAACAGAGAAACACUCACCUGUGUCACCCUCGCCAAAAAAUGAACGACACUCACCAGUGUCGUCAAGUAAACCCGAGAAACAUUCACCUGGAUCCCCCUCAACAAAAAAUGAAAGACAUUCCCCUGUGUCAUCUGUAAAAACAGAACGACACACACCUGUGUCACCUUCAGGCAAAACAGACAAACGUCCUCCGGUACCAUCAUCUGGAAGAACAGAGAAACACCCUCCAGUGUCACCUGGGAGAACAGAAAAACGCUUGCCAGUUUCACCUUCUGCAAGAACCUCAGAGAAGCAGGCUGGGAAAAGUGAAAAGCACCUGCCUGUGUCACCUGGGAAAACAGAAAAGCAGCCACCCGUAUCUCCCACCUCCAAAACAGAACGUAUCGAGGAGACAAUGUCUGUCCGGGAGUUGAUGAAAGCGUUCCAGUCAGGUCAGGACCCAUCCAAACACAAAACAGGACUCUUUGAGCACAAAUCAACAAAGCAAAAGCAAUCACAAGACAAAAGUAAAACCCGCAUAGAAAAAGAAAAGGGGCACACAGUAGCCCAGAGAGAGUCUCAGAGAACAGAAAGUCAGACAACCAAGCGUGGCCAGAGAUUUCCAGUGACGGGAGCUACAGAAUCCAGAAGGUUCCGUUCUACUACCAUCACCGUUGGGCUCAGGACAGAAGAUCCAGUUAGAGAAAAGUUUGAGAAAGUCCCCAUUAUUAAAACCCCUGAGCCAGUUCCAUCAGUGGUGGCACAAGAAAGUCCUCGGGGCAGUGAGAUCCUUCAAGACAAGAUGGUGGAUGAGCAAGGAGACAUGGAUCUUCAGAUCAGCCCAGACAGGAAGGCUUCCACUGACUUCUCUGAUGUCAUCAAGCAAGAGUUAGAAGACAAUGACAAAUACCAGCAGUUCCGCCUCACUGAGGAGACAGAAAAGGCUCAGAUUCACUUAGACCAAGUAAUCACAAGUCCUUUCAACACAACAUUCCCACUAGAUUACAUGAAAGACGAGUUUCUUCCGGCUCUGUCUUUACAGAGUGGUGCUUUGGGUGGCAGCUCUGAAAGUCUGAAACAGGAAGUGGUAGCAGGCUCGCCUUGUGGCAGCCUGAUGGAAGGCACCCCUCAGAUCAGUUCAGAAGAGAGCUACAAGCAUGAGGGCCUAGCAGAAACUCCCGAGACAAGCCCAGAGAGUCUUUCUUUCUCACCGAAGAAAAGUGAGGAACAAAUUGGAGAAAUCGAGGAAACUAAGGUAGAAAUGCCCACAGAAAUUCAUUCAGAAAAAGAGCUACCUACAUCUAAAGACACUACCGAUAGUUCUGGAGCAAAAGGUGCUGUGGUCACUGGGGGUUCUGAGUCCUCUACUGAGCAUUGUCAGAAGGAGGUCACCCAAGACUCUUCCCAAGAUGUAUGCUCCAAACAAGAUGGCUUCCCUAGCAGCCCCAGUGUAUCAUUAGCAGGUGAAACAUGGCAGGUCUUUACUGAGAAAGGGUCCUGUGAGGAAAGUCAGCUUCCAGUUGUUAGUCCAGCUUGUAAGACACAACCAAAAAGUGAAACUCAGGAAUCCACGACUCCCUCUGGGGUGGCAAAGGCAUUCUCACCAUCUGAUGCUUCUGGGAAGGCAGGUGAAGGAACAGAACCAAAGCCCCAGGGAGCUAUUAGAAGUCCCCAAGGGUUAGAACUUCCACUCCCUAGCAGGGAUAGUGAGGCCCUCAGCCCAAUGGCCGAUGAAUCAUUAGCAGUAAGCCACAAAGACUCUCUAGAAGCCAGCCCUGUGCUGGAAGAUAACUCCUCACACAAAACUCCUGAUUCCCUGGAACCAAGUCCUCUGAGGGAGUCCCCUUGCAGGGAUUCCCUUGAAAGCAGCCCAGUUGAGCCGAAAAUGAAGGCUGGAAUUCUCCCAAGUCACUUUCCUCUCCCUGCAGCUAUUGCCAAAACAGAUCUUGUUGCCGAAGUGGCUUCCAUGCGUUCUCGGCUGCUCCGAGACCCUGAUGGCAGUGCCGAGGAUGACAGUCUUGAACAGACAUCACUCAUGGAGAGCUCAGGGAAAAGCCCCCUCUCCCCUGAUACUCCCAGCUCAGAAGAAGUUAGCUACGAGGUCACACCCAAGGCUUCAGAUUCAAGUACACCCAAACCAGCUGUGAUUCAUGAGUGUGCGGAGGAGGAGGACUCUGAAAAUGGGGAGAAGAAGAGGUUCACCCCAGAAGAGGAAAUGUUCAAGAUGGUAACCAAAAUAAAAACGUUUGAUGAACUUGAGCAGGAAGCGAAGCAGAAAAGGGAUUACAGAAAAGAACCCAGGCAAGAUGGCUCCUCUUCAGCCUCAGACCCCGAUGCUGACUGCUCUGUAGAAGUGGAUGAACAGAAGCUGGUGGAGAGCACGGUUGAUGAGGCUGAGGUCCCAGUCUUGGUGACUGCGGAGAGCAGAAAAGCUUCUUCCUCCUCUGAAAGUGAACCAGAGCUGACACGGCUGAGUAAAGGUGCUGACUCAGGGCUUCUGACUGAGCCAGUGAUUCGAGUGCAACCUCCAUCUCCCCUUCCGUCCAGCAUGGACUCUAAUUCCAGCCCUGAAGAAUCACAGUUCCAGCCUAUAGUUUCCAAACAAUACACUUUCAAGAUGAACAAGGAUAUUCAAGAGGAGCCGGGUAAGUCAGAAGAAGACAAAGAUCGCCAAUCUCCCUUAGCUGAUGGCUGUCAGACUCCUUCUGCUGAUGGUGUUGAUAGGUCUUCUGAUGAUCUGGACAUAGAGACUCAUCAGUCAGAAACCUGUGAUGGCCAUGGUUGUGAGGCUGUAAGUCCUAGCAACUCAGCUGCCCUUGUCUCCCUUGGAGUUCAGAGUCCAACAUGUAAUGAUGUUGACGAGCAGCUGGCCAUUGAUAAAGAGUCACUGGAUCUCCAGGAUACUUGUGAAAAUGACCCUGAAGGGAGAGAGCUUGUUCCUUCUAGAGUGGAAUCUGCACAGGCAGAUUUCCCCAGGGAAAGCUCUUCCCUGUCUUCUCCAUCUCAUUGUGCAGUAUCUGAAAGAAAGGAAUCAGUUAAAGAAAUACCCUCCCCAUCUUCCUCUGUAGAAGUAGAGGUCACAGCAACUGAUCAGACUCUGGAGAGCAUGUCAAAGGACUGUCCCACUCAAGACUCAUCUACUCCAACUCAACCAAAUAGGUUUGAUAUGGACAUUCUGGUGUCUGAUUUAGCUGUGACUGAUGAAAAUUCUGAUCCUCAAAUAACCAGUCCUUAUGAAAAUGUUCCUUCCUCUUCAUUUUUUUGUGGUGAGGACAGCAGAAUCCAAACUGAUACAUGUCACACCACAGUUGUUUGUCCACCUGAAGUGUACUCUGUUGUCAUCAGAUCCUCUUCUGAGGAUGUUGUAAUGACAAACACCUCUAGUAGAACUGUCUCAAGCCAAGAAUCAAAUUUUGAGAGCCAGGGCCUAGAAACUGAAUCCGAGGAAAAACCUACCUUGUGGGGAAUGCAGUCAGAUGUACCUUCCUCAUCUGUAGCACCCGCUACACCAAAUUCAUCGGCAGUCAUUGGUGAGCAAGUGAGCAAAGUCAUCAUCACAAGAACCGAUGUAGAUUCUGACUCCUGGAGUGAAAUCCGUGAAGAUGAUGAAGUCUUUGAAGCCCGAGUGAAAGAAGAAGAACAGAAGAUACUGGGUUUGAUGGUAGACAGACAAUCACAGGGUACCACUCCUGAUACCACUCCUGCUAGGACCCCAACUGAAGAGGGGACCCCAACAAGUGAACAAAAUCCAUUCCUCUUCCAGGAGGGAAAAUUGUUUGAGAUGACCCGAAGUGGUGCUAUUGAUAUGACCAAAAGGUCCUAUGCAGAUGAAAAUAUGCACUUUUUCCAAAUUGGUCAAGAAUCCAAUGAAGAGACUAUCCCUGAAGACUUGAAGGAGGGGACCACAGGGGCUGAGCUACCACAGCUGGAAAGCAAAAGUGAGUCACUGGAACUUUCAGAAUCCAAAGAUGCAGUGGAUGAUGAGGGAGAAUUACUUCCUGAUGAUGUGAAUGAGGAAACAGAGGAAUUACCUGUCUCGGAUACUAACCUUGACUCCCAAGUGAUGACUUCAGCUUCCACUGAAAUGCCCAUAAAAGAGGCUACGUCCACAGAAGUUGAGGACCUCCCCACCAUGCAACUGAGUGAUACAUCUUCUCUGAGCACUGUGAAGCAGACACCUUGCCCUACCUUCCCCCAACCUGUUGUUCAGUUGGACUUUUCCACAGUCACUAGGUCUGUUCAUUCAAAUAGGGAUGACGAGUCCCCAGAUUCUUCCCCAGAGGAACAGAAGUCUGUCAUUGAGAUCCCUACUGCACCCAUGGAAAAUGUGCCUUCUGCUGAAAACAAACCUCAAAUUCCUCUAAGGACUCUCCCCACUUCAGUCCCGGUCCCUCCAUCUGCAGAGGAUGAGAGUGCAUUUUCUGGCACAGAUGAGGAAAGUAAGGAGGAUGAAGCAAAACCAAAGUCCAAAAUCCCCAUCAAAGCACCCACCCAAAGAACCGAAUGCCAGCUCUCCUAUCCAGACACAUCUCUCACUAAGACAGCUGUCCCCCAGGGACAGGACAUGCUAAGCAGAGCCCCAGAUGGUAGAAGCAAAUCCGAAUCAGAUGCUAGUCCUCUGGAUGCUAAGACCAAAUGCCCAGUAAAAGCCAGGAGUUACAUUGAGACAGAAACAGAGAGCAGGGAGAGAGCAGAAGGGUUUGAGUCAGAAUCAGAAGAAGGGGCCACAAAACCAAAGCUAUUUGCAUCCCGAUUACCAGUUAAGAGCAGAAGCACCCCGUCUUCCAGCAGGACAGGUGUGAGCCCCACAAAAGAGAGUAGGGAGCAUUUCUUUGACCUUUAUAGAAACUCCAUAGAAUUCUUUGAGGAGAUUAGUGAUGAGGCAUCCAAAUUAGUGGACAGGCUCACACAGUCAGAAAGGGAGCAGGAGCCACCUUCAGAUGAUGAAAGUAGUAGUGCCCUGGAAGUGUCAGUCAUUGAGAAUCUGCCACCUGUUGAAACUGAGCAUUCAGUUCCCGAGGACAUCUUUGACACAAGGCCCAUUUGGGAUGAGUCCAUUGAGACUAUGAUUGAACGCAUCCCUGAUGAAAAUGGCCAUGACCGAGCUGAAGAUCCCCAAGAUGACCAGGAACGGAUUGAAGAAAGGCUGGCUUACAUUGCUGAUCAUCUUGGCUUCAGCUGGACAGAAUUAGCAAGAGAACUGGAUUUCACUGAGGAGCAAAUUCACCAAAUUCGAAUUGAGAACCCCAACUCCCUUCAAGACCAGAGCCAUGCACUGCUGAAGUACUGGCUGGAGAGGGACGGGAAGCAUGCCACAGAUACUAUCCUCAUCGAAUGCCUCACCAAGAUCAACAGGAUGGAUAUUGUACAUCUCCUGGAGACCAACACAGAACCCCUGCAGGAACGCAUGGGCCGCAGCUAUGCGGAAAUGGAGCAGACCAUUGUACUGGACCACAGUGAAGGGUUUUCAGUACUUCAAGAGGAGCUCUGUGCUGCCCAGCACAAGCAGAAAGAAGAGCAAGCAACUUCUAAAGAAAGCGAGUCCAGUGAUCACCCACCCGUGGUCUCUGAAGAAGACAUUUCUGUUGGUUAUUCCACAUUUCAAGAUUGUAUCCCCAAAACUGAGGGUGACAGCCCAGCAGCCACACUUUCUCCCCAAAUGCACCCGGAGACAGCUCAACAAGAUUUCUCAGGGAAAAUGCAAGACCAGCAGGAAUACUAUGUGACAACACCAGGGGCAGAAGGGGCAGAGACUCAAAAAGCCACAGCAGUUCCUGACUCUCUCUGUAAGACUCCUGAGGACAUCAGUACCCCUCCAGAGGAAGCAAAAUCUUGUCUCCAGACCCCAGUGACUAGCGAGCAUGGUUCUCCCAUUGUCCAAGAACCCGAGGAAGUUCCUGAGCCCAAAGAGGAGAGGUCUCCAAGGAAAACCAGCUUGGUGAUAGUGGAGUCAGCAGAUGACCAGGCCCAGGUCUUGGAAAGACCAGACAGUGAUACAGCUUUUCAAAAGGAGCUAACAGAGGAAUUAGGAGAGCUGGAGGCCAGCUCUGAUGAGGAGGCCAUGGUAACUACCAGGGUUGUCCGCCGGAGAGUGAUUAUCCAGGGAGAUGAUAUGCCUGAAAUACCCCCAGAAACUGUCACAGAAGAGGAAUACGUUGAUGAGAAUGGACACACCGUGGUGAAGAAGGUUACCCGGAAAAUCAUUAGGCGGUACGUAUCCUCUGAUGGCAUGGAGCAGGAGGAGAUUACGAUGCAGGGAACGCCACAGGAGCCAGUCAACAUUGAGGAUGGGGACAGUUAUUCCAAAGUGAUAAAGCGUGUGGUAUUGAAGAGUGACACACAGCAAUCAGAGGUGUGCUUGUCUGAACCCAGCAUUUUGUCCAGUACCUCACAGUUUCAGGCCGAACCAGUAGAAGGCCGUAGAGUCAGCAAAGUUGUUAAAACUACAGUGGUACAUGGAGAAAGGAUGGAGAAAAGCCUGGGGGACUCUAGCUUAGCCACUGACCUUCCUUCAGCCAAAGAUGACUUUGAAGAGGCUUUGGGUUACACAGGUAGCCACAUGAAAGUUCACUUCCCCAGUUUAGUAGAAAAUGAAAUCCUGAAGGAGGAUGGAUCAAUAAUUAAGAGGACAACAAUGAGUAAAGCCAGUACACAGAAGAGGGCUGUGGUGAAGGACCAGCAGGGGAAAUGCAUCAACUUGGAGCACCUGGAGGAUGUUCCUGGAGCACUAGACCAAGAUGACCUCCAGAGAGAUCUCCAGCAACUCCUUCGGCAUUUCUGCAAGGAGAACACAAAGCAAGAGGCCCAAUGAGGAGCUGCCCAGUUCUUACCAGAAACCACAUACCCACUCAAUAUGCAACUUCCCAUUUCCUGACAGGAGUGACCGAAGUGGCCUAAUUACUGGGAUCCUGUGACAUUUCCACUCUCGGCAAAUACACGGCAUUUUCUUUUGCUUCCUUCUCCCCUACCCUCUCUAACUAUACGCUAAUUUGUGACCAAAGAUAGCAUCCUUCAUUCUGGAUGCUGUAUCCACUAUUCUGAGCAUCCGUGCUAACCUGGGAACUGGCGCCUCCAUUGUUCUUUGCUUCUGCCCAAGCUCCAUGAAAAUCAGAAGAACUUCACCUGCAGACUUCUUCAAGUGACAGAGGGGAAUGCUUCCAAGGAUAUCCAUGUAUAAUGUAUAUAGCUGAAAUUCUCAGACGAACAACAGAGUAAAAUUUAAACCACUGCCUGUCAUAAUUUCACGGGGCAUCAUGGAAUAAAAGCCUCUGGAAAUUGCUGAACAAUGGUUAAUUAAGAUAUUGCUAACACAGUUAAGGGUAAUACAGUUCAAAGGAAGGAACACUUCAGACUUAGACAUGUCCUUAGUACUUCCAGAGUAGCCAUUGCUCCUAACUACAGGAUCAUAGUCUUGAAGACUGAUCCCAAGGAGCAGUCUCUCGUAUUGGUUAGCCAUCACUGAUGGCUCUCCAACUACCACCCUGAAGGAGGGGGAAGAAGGGAGCAUAGACAAGCAGAUGGAAACAAUGAGGUAUUUUGGUGCUGGAAGCUGCAUGGGUGGUGUUCUAGCAUUUUCAGGUGUUUUUGAUUUUGAACACGUUGGCAGGGUAUUUUAAAAGCUAUAACUACUGUAGUUUUCCAGUGUUCAUUGCUGCUUUAGCAAACCAUGCUGUCUUACUGGUGGUACUUUCUUCUGGCCACUGCACUGUAGAUAAUUCAUUGGAAACAAGAUUUAUGCACCACACAAAAUGUUAAAUGCUGUCACCAUGUUGGAGUGGUUUCUUUUGCUUUUUUUUUCACCCCACCUCCAGGUAUAUCUCUUCUCUAAUACCUGCAUGUGGCAUUAAACACACACACACACACACACACACACACACACACACACACACACACACACACAAACCCUUCUUAUCAUACUAAUGGUUUUCACCCUGGGCUUUCAUUUUCUAGUUACGUCUGCUUUUGAGCUUGCAGACAAGAUUGAGAAAUCCGUGGAAAUUUUGGUUUUGGUUAAUUUUUUUGAAUUUUUUUAUUGAAUUUAAUUGAAUUUAAUUAUUUAUUUGAAACCCAGAUACUCUUGGAAACUGAAGUGCAUUUGUGCAACUUUCUGUUUGUUUCAGAGAAGGGACAAUGACAGUCUGAGUGAUCUCCACGCCCUGUGUCUAAUCCCUCUAGUGGUUGAAGCUGUGUAGCAUUUUAACAUAUAUAUAUAUAGUCACAAAUAUAUUCAUAUAAACAGUAUACGUUUUGAAUCAGUUAUUUGUUAAAGAAAAAGUAUAUUCAAUGAAGAUGAGAUUUUAAAAAAGCAAGAAAACAGUGUACUCUACUGAGACUGAACUUUUUCCAGUCCUAUCUGGCCUUUUCCUGUGUGCAGAACUGACUCAUUGCUUGGAAUGUCAAACACAAACAAGACAAAGAAUGGCACUUCAUCUUUUAAAGUAACAUUACCAAGAGAGGAAUUUUCUUGGGAGAGAGGUUUCCCAUCUGCCAAAUCUCCUGAGCCCCCAAUGCUAGCACUUUCUGGGGGGAGGGUUGAGUAGAAACAAAGUAUUCUUUGGCAUUCAGAACAAGAGAGGCAGGUGGCAGCCCUUUUUGAGAUAUGCCAUGGCCAUCUAUCCUGUCAGACCUUUGAGAUAUGCCCUGGCCAUCUAUCCUGUCAGACCUUCACCGGAGCUCAUGAAAAGCCUUUCUGUUGUGUUAUUUGCAGUGCAGAUGAUGUCUGUGUAGCAACAUAAUGGUUAUUCACCUUUUUUGAUUUUGAUUUUUUUUUUGCUGUGUUAUCAAAAAAAAACUUGAAUACUGUGAGAAGUGGAUUUUCAGUUGAUGAAUCAGCAUCUUGUUCCCAUGGUGAUAACACUAAUUGAAUAUAUCUAUGAGGGCAUGUAUUAGUUAAUGGAAAACCAUACAACACUAACGAUACAUAGCUGCAAUGUUGUACAAUGGCUGAUUUAACUAAAUAAAAUGUACAAGUGUUAAAUGUG